CGUCACGGGCGGGCUGUGGUGUGUCUGAGGGCGGCUGGAACAUGUCGCGCUUGAAGGGAGCGGCCGGGCGGGAUCCCCGGGCGGGUUUCAGAACUGAGACAAGAGACUCCAAUGCUUCCAUACCCCAGGGGCUAUUAAAGGCGGCGAGGAAGAGUGGCCAGUUAAACCUCUCGGGUAGGAACCUCAGUGAAGUACCUCAGUGUGUCUGGAGAAUAAAUGUGGAUAUUCCUGAAGAAGCUAACCAGAAUCUCUCAUUCAGUGCUACUGAACGAUGGUGGGAACAGACAGAUUUGACCAAAUUAAUAUUAUCAAACAACAACCUUCAGUCACUUGCAGAUGACCUCCGACUUCUGCCUGCAUUGACAGUUCUUGAUAUACAUGAUAAUCAGCUGGAAUCUCUUCCUUCUGCUAUAAGCGAGUUAGAAAACCUUCAGAAACUUAAUGUCAGCCAUAACAAACUGAAAAAACUUCCUGAAGAAAUUACAAAUCUAAGAAAUCUAACGCACCUGUAUCUCCAGCAUAAUGAACUUACUGUCAUACCAGAGGGAUUUGAACAACUUUCCAGUUUAGAAGAUUUAGAUCUUUCAAACAAUCGUCUUACAAUGAUUUCCACUGGUAUUUCUUCUCUAUCCAGUCUGGUGCGAAUGAAUCUUUCCAGUAAUCAGCUGAAGAGUUUGCCAGCAGAAAUAAGUAAAAUGAAAAAAUUAAAGCUUCUGGAUUGUAAUUCAAAUCUCUUGGAAAGUAUACCUCCUGAAUUGGCUGGUAUGGAAUCACUAGAAUUGCUUUAUUUGCGGAGGAAUAAACUACGUUUUCUACCUGAAUUUCCUUCUUGUAAACUACUAAAGGAAUUGCAUAUUGGUGAAAACCAGAUUGAGGUACUAAAAGCGGAGCAUCUGAAACACCUGAAUUCUAUCCUUGUGCUAGAACUGAGAGAUAACAAGUUAAAAUCUGUUCCAGAUGAAAUUUCACUGCUGCAGUCUUUGGAAAGGCUUGACCUAAGUAACAAUGAUAUUAGUAGUCUUCCCUAUUCACUGGGAAAGCUUCAUUUGAAAUUUCUGGCAGUAGAAGGAAAUCCUUUAAGAACCAUUCGAAGAGAAAUUAUAAAUAAAGGAACCGAAGAAGUCCUGAAAUACCUACAAAGCAAGAUACAAGAUGAUGGACCUAGUCAAAAUGACUCUGCUGAUAAGACUGCCAUGACACUACCCAGCGAAUCCAGUGUCAAUAUCCACGCCAUCAUCACUUCAAAGUUGUUAGAUUAUAGUGAUAAACAGAAAAAUCUAAUUCCUGAUGAAGUGUUUGAUGCAGUAAAAAGCAACAUCAUCGUUUCUGUUAACUUCAGUAAGAAUCAGCUAUGUGAAAUUCCGAAAAGGAUUAUUGAACUGAAAGACAUGGUUACUGACGUCAACCUCAGUUUUAAUAAGCUUUCCUCUAUAUCCUCGGAAUUCUGUAUGCUUCAGAAAUUGACAUUUUUAGAUGUCAGGAACAAUUUUUUAAAUUCCUUGCCGGAAGAAAUGGAGUCAUUGAUAAGACUACAAAUAAUCAAUCUUUCCUUCAAUAGGUUCAAAACUUUUCCUGAAGUGCUAUAUCGUAUCCCUGCACUGGAAACAAUUCUUAUUAGUAAUAAUCAGGUUGGGUCUCUGGAUCCUCACAAAAUGAAGACAAUGGAACAUCUGACUACAUUGGACCUUCAAAAUAAUGACCUUCUACAGAUCCCACCAGAGCUUGGUAAUUGUGUGAACUUAAGAACACUACUACUAGAUGGGAAUCCAUUCCGUGUUCCUCGGGCAGCCAUAUUAAUGAAGGGAACAGCUGCUGUACUGGAAUAUCUGAGAGACCGAAUUCCUACUUAAAUUAGAGUUGUUUUAUGAUCCUGAUCAUAUUAAUUGUCAGAAGGUAUAACAUUUUGUUUUAUUAUUCUAAAGGUGAUUGCUGUAACUGAAUUUAGUUUCCCAGUCUCGGCUAGGUGUUGGGAUAACAGGCCUGAGCCAUAUUUACUGCCACUAGGUAUUUUUAUCUAACAAAACAACUGUUUGACAUUUUAAGAUGUUGUAUACACUUAUAAAUGUGAUAAUAAGCACAUACUUGUUUAAUGUUCAUUCGUUGCUUUUGAAUGUUUUGCACAGGGAUACUCCUAAUCAUUUUCAUUCCUUUACAACAAUAAGAGACACUUUUUCAGAAAUGAACUUUUAUUUAAUCUGGUUAAAUAUUUUUAUAGCAAAGCAUUUUUGUAAACAGGGUUUUUUCUGCAUUUCCUUUUUUAUUCCAUAUAACAUGACUAAUUGACUUGAAUGUGUCUAGUUUCUACCUUUGUAUUCAGCAUAAUGAACCUAGCUGAAUUUUGUCGAAUAUUGUUCUUUAGCAUUUAGAAAAAGUUGAGACUUUUUCCUGCCUAUAUUAAGACUUUGGUGAUGUGGUUAUUCUCAGUGUAUGUUUAAAUUUUACAUUCACUAUUUUGUUUUUGUCUUCAGUUGAAAUUUUCUACCUUUCAAAGAUGUCUUUUUCCUAUGUUUAUGAGACAUUU